GAGGCGUUCCUCUAUACAUGUCAAAUGUGACUUCUUAAGCGAAAGUAUCCUUUGCAGCGGACACAGUUUGGCCGCCGAGUUGUUGCUGUGUCGAGGACCUCGCUUGUUAAGAAUCAUGUCGGACUCCAUCAGAAACGUCGCGAUAUUUGGAGCCACGGGGAUGACCGGGCUGGUGACCCUGCCGCUGGCGGUGGCUGCAGGAUACAAUGUGACGGUGCUGGUGCGGGACCCUGCCAGGCUGCCCGCCGACCACAAAGCAUCCAGAGUGGAGGUGGGAGACGUGCUUAAAAAAGAGGAUGUGAAGAGGGCACUGGAAGGCCAGGAUGCUGUCAUCAUCAUCCUCGGCACCAGGAACAGUCUCAGCGCCACCACCCUCAUGUCUGAAGGCACCAAGAACAUCGUUGACGGCAUGAAGGCUCGUGGGAUCCGCAAAGUGGUCGGCUGCAUGUCAGCCUUCCUGCUGUGGGAUCGCUCCAAAGUCCCGCCCCGCAUGAUUCCUGUGACAGAGGACCACGACAGGAUGUACACAAUACUCAAAACAUCGGGGCUGGACUACGUGGCCGUCAUGCCUCCUCACAUUGGUGACGACCUUCCUCUGACAGAGCGCUACACGGCGGCGGAGAACAUGCUGAAAGGAAGAGCUAUCUCCAAACACGACCUGGGACACUUCUUCGUCAAGUGUCUGUCCACCUCAGAGUGGGACGGCAAGGCUGUCGGAGUGUGGGGAGAUUAUAAAUAAUGCUAAACAACACGCCACUGACGCCUUCAGGACAGUGAAAGGGUUUAAAUCUUCCUGUCGCCAUCGUUUAUUUCCACCAAAAACACACUAAAGAGAGGGUAUUUGUUAAUGUUGAGACUUGGAAAUAAAUAAAAAAAUUAUCUUUCUAUUUAGAUUCAAACUACUAGUGUGUUAUGUUCACCUUUUUUAAUCAUAACUGAGCUGUUUCUGCUGCCGUUUUUUAUACUAAUUUAAAUGUUAUCAUUAGCUUCCACCAGUUAAUACAAGGGCCAAACCUGUACUUCUGCUCUAGCUGUAGCUCUUUACAUCAGUUCUGUCUUUUUACAUGAACAGUCUUUACAUAUUGAAGGAUUCGUUUGUUGUCUUGUGAUUCUGGCUGUCGCUGCUCUGGUUUACGGUAGAUUGUUUUUAUAGCUGUGGGAAAUAAAAGACUUAUUGUAGAAA